UCACCAGAGGAUGAGGGGCUCGACAGCCACCCAACGGCUCCGACAGGACUACUUGCGGAUCAUUAGGGAUCCGGUGCCCUAUGUCUCGGCCCAUCCGCUCCACAACAAUAUCCUCGAGUGGCAUUACGUGGUUCGCGGACCGGAAGGGACGCCGUAUGUGAACGGUGUAUAUCACGGGAAGCUUCAGUUCCCGUCGGAGUUCCCGUUCAAACCGCCGGCCAUUUAUAUGUUGACACCAAACGGACGGUUCAAGUGUGGCGUUCGGCUGUGUCUGUCCAUCAGUGACUUUCAUCCGGACAGUUGGAACCCGGCGUGGAGUGAAAUGAAGGAAAUGUUACGAAAGAGACAAUCGUUGGAAGCGAUGAAUAGUGUGAGCGGAAGAGUGACUGAAUUGGGAAACUCUUUGCGAUCGGGUUUGCGAGCGAAUCAGGAGAACGGAUACUUCGGUAACGCAAUGGCCAACUUUGUGGUGAUCGUUGGGUUCGGGGCCUUCAUGUAUACCGUUCGGUGGGUUCUGUUGAGUAUCACUGAAACCAGUGAUUGAGUACUACAUGUGAUAGAAAAUUACACACAUUUUUAAGCUAUUGUUUGCGUUUUGUUGACACUAUAUUUGAGUUAGUAUUGCGGGAAAAGGCCACACAAUUUGAUGGCCACAACGGGUAUGACUAUAUGUCUUAUAAAUCAAUUUAGAUUUAACUUGUAUUUGGUUUGAGUUUUGAUGCCAUUGAGAGUCUGUGUGUAAAAUACUGUAUUUCAUUGUAAACUUACAAAUGACCAUUUGUUUAAACUCAUCAUGGUGAUGCCAUCAUAUUGUUGUAAUCUCGAUAAUUUGUGUCCAAUAUGAGGGACAUCUUUUUAUACCCGUAUUUGGUUUACAUUUCGCGCAAAAC